AUGAAAUUAACACCAGUCAAUUGCAUCAUGUUUCUUAGCACUGUGACAUCAUUCAUCAUUCAUGGAAUUAUUUCAACAAAUUUUGAAAAGUUAGCUUUAUUUGUACUUAUUUCAAAACUACCCAAACGUCCUGCAUUGUAUAUAUCGAUUUUUGGCUCUAUGAUUAUAACACUCAUAACGAAUUUUCCAGAAGAUUUGCUAUUUUUAUCUGCUUUAAUUUAUAUAUUUCCCCAAAUCCUCAAAUUAAGGCUUAGUUCAGCUGUCAAUUGCUUUAUUUGGUUAAGCAUCAUAUGGCUCAUAUUUGCUGGCUAUUUUAAAUCAGGACAAUUUGAAUUAUUGACUAUUAUAUGGACUUCAAUAAUAUCCAGCUUAGAAAUUUCAAAACAAACAAAAUUUGAUGAAAUUUUGAAAGAAAAAGAAGAAUUAGCUAAAAAAUGCAAAAGGUUAGAAACAGAAGUUUCCAUAAUUGAAGCCAGUCAGCGAACUCCUUCUGCAAAAAGAACUUCAGAGCUUAUAAAUAAGCUCAAACAUUUAUCUAAUACUUUUAUGCAAGGAGAUACUCCAGGCUCAUCAAUGAGAAGUUCUCGAUUUGGAAAUGAGUCGCUAACUUUCUCCUCAUAUUUAUAUAGCCAUCGAAAUAUUUAUACAGAUGAAACUGACUCCCCCUUUAAAUUGGAGCAAAAAAUCCUGUUCCAAUUUAGUUGGCAAUAAAAUAUAAUUCAAAAAUUUCUGAUAUUUUUGAAAACAUUGCAUUAUUUGUGAUUAAGAUUGCCAUUAGGAGCUAAAGUGAAUACAGAUAGCUUUUUUCCUAAGUUCAAUCUGCAAGAGAUGUUUUAAAGAGGAUAUAGGUUCAAUGAGUUAUUAAAAGAUUUCAGAUUGGGGUUCGCCGCUUUUCUGAUUGACUUAGAUUUUAGACAAAAAUGCCAUUAGAUGCUAAAGAGCGUGAAAGGUUUGGCUCGCAAGAUGGGUUUUAUUAGAAUUUCCGCGAAAUUAUUAGUGUUAAGUGUUAAAAAAUUAGUCUAUUCAAUUGAGAAUGGUUUAAAUACAUUCUAAUUGCAUUUGCCUAUUAAAUUAGUUCAAAAUUAAUUUUAUAAAAAUUAGUACUUGAUCGAUAACAUUUUCCUAAUGAAAACCAUAUUUUGUUCCAAUUCAAAGAGGGCUAAAGUAUCCAAAUUACCGAUGUUUUGUUCCAAUUUAAAGCGGGAGUGAGAGUUCAGAUUUCAUUACAAAUGAUGAAAUCAAAGAAAUUAUUGCUUCCUUAAUCAGCCAAGACUACUUAUUUUGAAAUCCUGAAAAAGGUCACGUGACUGAUCUCAAUCUUCUGGAAAUAGGGAAAAAUCAAAUGAAUCUAUAUACACAAACAGACGACUCAGUCCCUGAAUCGCCUAGUAGACGAAGAAAGCUGUCCAAUCCACUUCUAGUGAAGCGUUUAACCACAAUGAAAACGUCAUGCAUUGAUAAUAAGUCUUUAUUUGAAACUCUAAAUGAAUUAGGCAGAUGAGAUUUUGACCAAUUUAAGCUACUUGAGCUGACAAAAAAUCCAACUUUUGAAGUCGGCAGAUAUAUUUUCGAUUUUCUAGAUUUUAUGGGAAUUUUUGACAUUGACGAGCAUAAACUAGAUAGGUUUUUGACAGUUGUAGAGAACGGGUACAAAAAAGAAAAUUAUUACCACAAUUCAUUGCAUGCUGCUGAUGUAGCUGCUUCAGCAAUGUUUUUGAUUCAGCAAGGACUUGAACUUGGAAAUGGCCUUGAAGAUAUUGAUAAUUUAGCUAUGAUUAUUGCUGCGCUUUGCCAUGAUAUUGAGCAUCCUGGGGUAAAUAAUCCAUAUUUGGUUAUUAGCCAAGAUUCUUUACUCCCCCUUGGAGCGAACAAAAAAUUUUGUUUGUUCAAGGAGGGGGUUAUUUUUUUUAAAAAAUUUAUAUAUAAAAUUAAAUAAUAAUAUUUGUUCGAAAUUUAAAAAAAUCCAUAUAGCCCCUGAAAUUAUUUAGAUCAUUAUUGGCCAUCCAUUUUAAUUUCCAAAAUUAAUUUGUACUUGCCAUCUUUUUUAAAAAGUAAAAACGAAAAUGACAAGUUUCCGUUUAUGGUUUUAAGGUACCUAAUCAGACUUAUACUGUAUAAGGCAGGUGCCCUGUACCAUAUUUUUUCUGGUCUGUAUUCUGCUGGGGUAUAGAGAUCUAUUAAGGUGUAUGAACUAUAUUCGAAAUAAUUUUAAAGCAAAUAUUAAUUUAAUUUAAAAAAUUUAUGAUUAAAAAUUAAAGUUGUUUAAAAUUAGUUCGAAAUUUCAUUAUAAUAAUUAUUACUUAUAUACCAAAAUAUUUUUUCGGAAAAUUUUUGCUUGCUCAUGGAGAGUGGUUUUACCUAAAUAAUAGGGAUUUUUCCAGUGGGUUUUGUUCACUCACAGAGACAGGAGGGAGUUAGCAUUUAAAUAUAACGAUCAAAGCGUUUUAGAGCAUAUGCAUGCAAAUAGAACUUUUCAAAUUCUCAGUGAAGAUAAAACUAAUAUUUUAGCAAAUCUUGCUAAGGUCGAUUAUCAGAGAUUCAGAAAAAUAACGAUUCAAGCAAUUUUAGGAACAGAUUUACAGGUUCACUUUGACAAAUUAGCUGAUUUCAAAUCAAUGAUUUCCAAGAGGCUCAAUUUUUCGGAUGAUAAAUUUAAACUGCUUUCUUUGCAGAUGUGUAUAAAGUGUGCAGAUAUAGGCCAUGGAGCAAAAACUCUUGAUCUUCACAAAAAGUGGUCUAAUUUAAUUACAAAAGAGUUUUUUAAGCAAGGUGACCUUGAAAGAAGACGAGGAUUCCCUGUCACACCGCUUUGUGACAGAGAAAGCGUAGUGUUAAGCAAAUCUCAAGAAGGAUUUCUAAAAGUACUUGUAAGGCCACUAUUCGAGCUCUGGGAAGAAUUUUUGGAACUUCAUGCAGCUGAAGAGAACAAAGAUAUUGCCAUUUACACAUUUGAAGCGUGCUUGAGCAAUAUUAGAUGCAAUAUAGAAUACUGAGAUAAUGAGUAUAUUUUAUAUAAAGAUUGAAAACAAACAUUUUUCCUUGACGAUUUGCCUCCGCCUAUGCUAAAGAAACAUUCAACUCAAAUACCGAACGGAAUUAAUUAA